GACCGCAAACUCUUCCGUGGCUCCUCUGAAAAUAAUCUCCCCCCUUUUUUUGUUCUCUCUCUCUCUCCGUUUACCUUCAAUUGAGUUUCCUCUUAUCACUUGGAAAGAAAAAAAAAAGGUGAACCCUCGUGUUAUUUUUAUUUUAAUCUUUGCUCUAAUUGUAGUUUUUACCCUUGUGGUCCCUGAUGGCUUCGCACAGUGAUACUCUGGUGGUGUUCUUUGGGGCAACAGCUGGUGCAAAUGGGGAUAAACUGGGUUCGGAUGAGAGGGAAAUAAUUCUCUUGGUGUGGCAAAUUGUGGAUCUACGUGACAAAAAGGUCGGGGAGCUCCACAGGUGUGUGGUGAAGCCGGACACGUUGGAUCUGACGGAGCAGUGCAAAGAGGAGACUGGCCUGACUCCGGACGACCUGCUCGAGGCUGAGCCCCUGGACAAAGCUCUGCAACAGUUUCAGCAGUCGGUGUCAUCAGAGGUAAAAUGCCUCGGCAGGAGCUCGUGCACACUUUGUGUCAACAGUCCCCUCGUCAUCCGACAGGCCCUCCACCCCGAGGCCUCCAAGAAGAAUCUAGUCCUUCCUGAAAAUUUCUUUUCAUUUGUGGAUGCGAGAAAGGAGUUUCAAAAAUGCUGCCCCAAUGCCGACCCUGUGCAGAAGCUCACCCUCGCCUCCAUGUUGGAAUAUGUUGGUCUUCCUGCUGUGUCAGAGCAGCAGAUGGGUGUGCGGGAGGUUAGGAGCAUGGUGCAGCUGAUGCUCUGCAUCCUGGCCGAACCCUACAAUCACAAAUUCUCCUGUGUAGAAACUGUGAAGUACAAGUUUGAUUCUGGUACAUGUAAGGCGGAGCCCGUGGACAGCGAGACAGUGAUCAGAGCACGGGGCCUCCCGUGGCAGUCAUCAGACCAGGACAUCGCCCGCUUCUUCAAAGGCCUCAAUAUCGCCAAGGGUGGCGUGGCUCUGUGUCUUAACGCUCAGGGCAGGAGGAACGGUGAGGCCUUGGUGCGUUUCAUCAACUCUGAACACAGGGACCUGGCCCUGGAGCGCCACAAGCACCACAUGGGGAGCCGCUACAUCGAGGUCUACAAGGCAACAGGAGAGGAAUUCCUGAAGAUUGCUGGAGGUACAUCCAACGAGGUGGCCCAGUUCCUGUCCAAAGAGAACCAGGUCAUCAUCCGUAUGCGGGGGUUGCCGUUCACCGCCACGCCCCAAGAGGUGCUGUCCUUCCUUGGUCCCGAGAGCCCGGUUACAGAUGGCGCAGAGGGUCUGCUCUUCGUCAAGUACCCCGACGGUCGGCCCACCGGUGAUGCCUUUGUGCUCUUCUCCUGUGAAGAAUAUGCCCAGAAUGCGCUGAAGAAGCACAAGCAGAUCCUGGGGAAGCGCUACAUCGAGCUGUUCCGCAGCACUGCGGCCGAGGUGCAACAGGUCCUGAACCGAUAUAUGUCCACUCCUCUGAUCGCCACGCUGCCUCCUUCUCCCAUCGUGCCCGUCCCGGUCCUCGCCACUCCUCCCUUCCUCCCAGCGGCCAGCAGCACCCGUGACUGCGUUCGCCUGCGCGGUCUGCCCUACACCGCCGGUAUCGAAGACAUCCUGGAGUUCAUGGGAGAGCACACCGUCGAUAUCAAACCCCACGGAGUCCACAUGGUCCUCAACCAACAGGGUCGGCCCUCUGGCGACGCCUUCAUCCAAAUGAAGUCCCCCGACAAAGCGUUCAUGGUGUCCCAGAAGUGCCACAAAAAGACGAUGAAGGACCGGUACGUGGAGGUGUUCCAGUGCUCCACAGAGGAGAUGAGCAUUGUGCUGAUGGGGGGAACCCUGAACCGCAGCGGCCUCUCCCCUCCGCCCUGCAAGCUUCCCUGUCUGUCUCCACCCACUGCCUACGCCGCCUUCCCCACCCCACCUGCGAUGCUGUCUGAGGCUGCCCUCUACCAGCCGCCCCUGCUCGCUGCUCCCAGGCCUCCGCCAACCACUCACGCUCACAGCCCCGCUCUGGCCUACUACCCCCCUCAACCACACCUGUACAUGAAUAUGAACAUGAACUACACGGCGUACUACCCCAGUCCCCCAGUUUCUCCCUCCACAGUUAGCUACUUUGCAGCACCACCGGGAUCGAUGGCAGCGGCGGUCGCCGCCCAGUCCCACCCUGCCGCCGCCGGCACGUCUAUGCUGCCCCAACCUGGUGCCCUGGUCAGGAUGCAGGGUCUGCCCUACAAUGCCGGGGUCAAGGACAUCCUCAGCUUCUUCCAAGGAUACCAGCUUCAGCCAGACGGCGUCCUCAUCUUGUACAACUUCAGCGGCCAGUGCGGCGGCGAGGCGUUGGUCACCUUCCCCAGCGAGGAGAUUGCCCGGCGGGCUGUAGCCGAGCGCUCCAACCACCCCUUCUACGGCCAGCAGGUCCACCUGCUCCUCUGUAACUGACCCACCAGUCUCUAUCCUCCUCCGCCAUCAAUUUGACCUCCCGUUCGAAGAGCACUCGUCUCCCAACUCAACUCACAUGAAAGACGGACUGAACCUCGACCUUUUAUAUACGUCCUGGCAUUUAUUGAAACGCGCCUGAUUUUGCGAUGUGCUCAUGACAUUGUGGACGUCAUGAAUGGCAUCACUGUGUAUUUGCACCGACUGUAAAAGCUGGUUGUGGUGAGGAGACGGUGCGGAGCUUUGGACGAGAGCGUCGCCGCGACUCCGUGUUCUGAGUCUCCCUCCGAAAACACUCGACAAAGUUUCAUCCUGAAAUGCUUGAGGCUGUACAAACCCCUGCUUAUGAUAUCUUCUGUAUAUUUUCUCUGAAUCCUCACUCUUGACCACUAGAUUUUUGUUUGUUGUAGUUUAUGGCCCUUUGUGUUGGCUUUAUGCAAACACCUUUAUUCAUUUGAUGGUCUCCAGUGGUGCCGUUGAAAAGCAAAAACAACAACAUAAAAAACAAACCCAGAGCCUUAAAGACUUGACGUAGACUACUGUAUCUCAAAAUGUUUUCUUUAACUGUCAUGAAUCAAUUUGAAAGAACCUCGAGCUGCAGGGACUUUUGGUUAAAGCCACAGUGAGAUCUCACGUGCCAGUGAACCAACUCGUGUAACGUUAUAUUUUGUUCUGUAUAAAGCAUUUAUGUGAAUGGCAUGUGUCCUCCCAUUUAGACCCUUUUUUCCAAGCACUACAGAAUUGCUUUUGCUCCAAUCAAAUGGUUAAAGAACUGCUCAUCUGAGCGACAUGGCAAAUUAAUUAUAUUUUUAUUAAUCCCCGGUCUUUACUUGAGUGGAUAUUUUGUUAUGAAAAGGACCAAAGUGUAUCCUGAAGCCUUUGAUAAUGAUCGACCUCAGCUACUGUACAUUCUCUCUCCUGCUUUUUUUGUUUCCAGACCAUUUAUAAUGAUCAGUCUGUAGCAGCUUUAAUUCCUGCUGCUAAAACUAAGUGUUUUUUUUUCUUCCUGUGCCUACAUUACCCAGAGUGCAUCACUUGCCCACAUAGGGUUUGGGUAACCUCUGGUGGCAGAUGACAUAUUUCUUUUGUUGCGAGUUUGAGACUUGCAUGAAUUUAGCUCUGUGUAAAUUGGAUAAGACUGUAAACGAUUAAAAAAAAAAAAAAAAAAAAAUUGACAAUGAUCUGUUUCAUUUAUCUUCAUUUGAGAGAUGAAUUUGUAAGACAUCAAUAAAACCAAUAAUAAAUGUUGCCCAAACAUGAAAAAAUCAUAUUUUUUUUACAAAAGAAGCAAAAAUUAACCUUAGCGGUAGAAACUACAUGCUGUCAUAUAUUUACUGUAUAAAUGUAUUCAUGUAUAUUUACUGAACUCCCCUGCAUGGUGAAGAUCCUCACUGGCACGUUUUGAAAAGAAGCAGCAGGAGAUGCUUGAUAAACCUCAUCGUAAAAAAAGUAAUUGGUGGCCACCAAAAAAUGACUAUGUACAAAAAGAUGAGCUUAAUAAGAAUGACUUCACUCUCUGCUGGUUUAGUGCUGAAGGUGUUUUGUAGAGGGACUUAUUUUUGCCCACAUCUCAUGGUAUAGAUAUUUUUGCUUAUCAAGUAUGGACUCCCUUUUUUUUGUUGACACCGCUAGAUGGCGCCAAAUCUCUCUUUUUAAAAAAAACAAUGGUCUAUCGAGACGACACCGAGACCCCCGGAUCAAUUCAGGUCCCUUUUAUGCCAGGAGCCCCUGUGGGCUACCGUGUCGGUAGAGAAAAGGCAAUGUUUUCGUAUCAAAGAGCAGACACACACAGCCUCGCUUGAGUUUUCAUGUUUUAUUGAUAUACACUACUUUAGAGCCUACGUUAUGUUGCAAGGUAUUCCCUUUGAAUAAUUCAAAAAGCACUGCAGUCUUAAAAAUUACAAAAAAAAGAGAAAAUCUUAACAUACAAAAUAUACAAGAAAUGACAAUACAAGGCUCGGUAAACAUCAGCUAAGCCUGUAUUUCCCUUUUAUUUUACAAAACAAUUUUAUAUAUAUGUAUGUGUGUCGCAUAUAUACAUAUGUGUGUGUGUGUGUGUGUGUAUACAUACAUACAUACAUACUAAUAUAUGUAUAUAUGUGUGUAUUCUAAACACUCAUACAUGUCCCCAACCUUUUAGGAAUGACAUCCACUUUAAAGUAUCAAAAAUAGAGUUGUACAGUCUCUGUAGCUUCCUUGAACGUAAAGUGGGAACACAAUGUUCGCUCUUUGGUUGUGACAGAAGAGGACGGCAGGCAGAGUUUACUCUCAAUGCUGGUUUUGUUUCUUGUUUUGUUUUGUUUGUUUUUUGUCUCACGUGUUUCAAGCUGCAGAAUCAACUUCAUAUGUAAAAAGAAAAGAAAAAGCCAUCGCUCUCCUCCCGUCCAACCAUCAAAUUCCAUCCUGUGCCCCCCCCCCC